AUGAAGGCUUUUAUCGUGAUCUGCGCUAUCGUAGCCUGUGCUUCAGCAGGCUCUGAAAAGCGUGACAAGCGCGGAUUGCUCAGUGGCCUGCACUCUAUUGACUCACUCUCUUACGGAGGUUCGUACGGUGGGCUCUACAGUGGGUACAACUUGGCCGCACCUGCACUAAGCUACGCCGCACCUGCAAUCAGCUACGCUGCACCUGCCGCUAAGAUCGUCUCCGUCAACAAAGUGGUGAACACCCACAAGGUCGUCAACGUCCCUAAGGUGGUGAGCGUUCCCAAGCUGGUGUCGGUGCCGCAGGUGGUGACAGUGAACAAGGUGGUGGCCACUCCCAGCCUCAGCGUCUACAGCGGAGGACUCGCCGGCUACGGAUACGGAUCCGGGCUGGGUUACGACGCCGGAUACGGUCACGGAGCUGGUUACGGAUACAGUGGAUACGGCGCUGGCUACUCAGCAGGCUGGUGGUGA